CAGGCCAUACCAAGUAUAUAGCCAGUAUUAUCGGACGUGCGGAUAACGUCAAGUUUCUGGAAAAUGGUGAUCAGGUGAUUGAGGGCUCUUGAGUCAUGCGCAUGUACAUUAAUAAUCAUUGUGGCCUGUGUGGCGGUGCAAAACCAACAGCCUACGUCGUUUGAUGGCAACAUGAAUUCGCUCAGACACUCUAUGUUGUUGUUGUUGUUGUUUUCGUUUGCGCUUAAUGUGACACCUUCCCGGGCUAAUGAUGGGCAGAUCUCCGGAAAUGCCGAGCACUUCAAUGAGCUCCUACACCUUCGCCCUAUCAGAGAUGGGAGGCUUCUGGCGCACUUUGAGUUCAUUGUUCAGUUGAACCAGUCGCAGCCGUUUUCGUCUCCUUCUGUAAAGCUGGGUGAGCAUCACUUCACACGAUUCCCCUUGGCCCUUGGACAGAUCCUACAACAACAUAAGGUUGCCGAGAUGCACCUGACUCUGAAUUCUGGGAAAUGGGACUAUGUAUCAUGGGGCUUCCCGCCUUAUGAUUCUGUUGGGUCUGGGGCAGAUCUUUGGGCAUGGAUGCCUAUACAAAGCCAAACAAGCGCCAGGGAGCGCUGGAAGGGCCUUACUAAUGGCCUGUCCGGAUUGCUGUGCGCGUCUCUGGGCUCACUAGACGAAAAGAGGACGGUGUCGCCGAAUUUCGCUUUGAGACCAGAAGGCGAUCUGCCUCCAGGGAUGAACCACACUUUGUUAUAUGCGCCACUGCCUUCUGAGAACGUGUGCACCGAAAACCUGACUCCAUUUAUUAAGCUCCUCCCCUGCAAAUCACACUCCGGAAUUGCCAUGCUCCUUGACCCUCACCGUCUAUUCGAUGCGGACUGGCACGGAAUCGGCGUACAUGCCCGUUGGUUGAAGGGCCAAGGGAUCGAACUUCGACUGACAGUGACAGCAGUAUUAGACCCCACCAGGCUAUCCCAUGAGCCGCUCGUUAGGGAUUGGUCUUUCAGGUCUUCAUUCGACAGGGCGAUUACUCGCUCGUGUUUAGUUGCCACCAGCAGUUACAUCGAAGUCCAAUUACCCGUUGGUCAACCUUAUGCAUUGACUCCAACUCCAGAUACAUCCCUUACCUCCCCUGAUGGUAUUGCGAAAUAUGAUCUUCGUAAUCUCAGAGGCACACUCGAUCUCGGUAUGCAGUGGCCGCCUAUUCGACGAUCAAAUUACCUGGAGUUCCCACUUGUUGCUCGUCGCCAAUUGCAGGGUGGUCAAACGUACGGGAGACUCGUCAUCGAUCUUCACAACUAUAAGAACGAGACCGUGGUAAUUCAAUGGCUGGAAACUAUGCCUUGGUUCGUAACAUACUAUCUCCACACGUUGCGGGCUGCGCUGAACGGGGUAGAACAACCUCAAGUCGAGGACAUUGUGGAUAUUCUUUCCUAUAAUCCACCCAUUCAAAAACAGGCGCUGCUGUUGGAGGCCAACAUCAACCUCCCGCCACUGUCACGUCUAAACCUUCAAAUGGACCUAAACAAGGCAUCCAUCUCUUACACAGAACAUCCUCCGGAUGCCAGCCGUGGUUGGGAUUUACCUCCAGCCAUUUUCUCGUUGUCUGACGUUGGAACGGUGAAGCGGAUUUACACACACAUCCUGCUAGGCGACCUCGCAACUCCAGAUUUCAGCAUGCCUUACAACGUAAUUAUCAUGACAAGCACCUUGAUGGCUCUCUUCUUCGGUAGCAUUUUCAACCUGUUCACCAGGUCUUUCGCCUGGAUACGUCUCUUGCCAUUAGACAAGGAAGAUAAGCUGAAAACAGAUUAAUGCUUACAAUAUACUUUUCGAAUAUGGAGGGUUACUCAAUAACCGGCGCCACAGGUUUGCCCCCAUCUUUCAAAUUUGGUA